AUGAGCUUUAUUUUAGAAUUAAUUUAUUUAUAUAACUGCUUGAGUAUUCCAAACAUCCAAACAGAUAUUAGAGGGGAUUUCAUAUUGUUGAAAUUUCAGAUCAUCGAUAUUUAUUUUAAUUGGAAUAAUCACGGCACAUAUUUAGCAUAUAUCAAUUUUACCUUUUGAUACAACAUCAAUAUCUCUUCUAGGCUAGAAAUAUUUGAUAUGAUUUCAAAUUUUGGGCAAUAA